AUGAAUACCAUUGCUCGCGACUCAGACGAUGACCCGGUCUUUACGUACAUCUCGCCCUGGAACGAGCUCAAUGCUGGGCUCUGGUCACUUUUCGCAGGUGCAACCGUCUUCCUGGGAUUGCGGCUCUGGUGUAAAAUAGACCGUCGACAUGGGCUAUGGUACGAUGACUAUAUCCUUAUUGUAUCAUGGACGAUCUUAUUGGCAAACAACAUCCUAAUCGUCUACGAAUUCGCAACAGGCUACAUCUUGGAAGACUCAACACAGUCAUGGGACGAUCGAAUGCACAUCUUGAUCAACGUUUCGUCCUGCGGAACAUUGAUAGGGCAAGCGCUUACAAAGACUGCAUUCGCCGUAACUCUGUUGCGUCUAAGUAACAGAUGGCAGCAGGGAGUACUGUGGUUUUGCAUAUCGACAAUGAACGUAUGGAUGGUUCUCAAAGUUAUCUUCCAGUGGGCCAAAGUUUGCGGCAAAUCUAAUUACCAGGACUGGUAUCGACUUAAUUUUUGCAUUGGACCGACGUUCCGAGCCGACUUCAAAGAAGGGGGCAAUGUUUACAAUGUCAUUAUGGAUUUCAUCUUCGCGUCCUUCCCGUGGCUAAUCACUCGGUCACUGGAGAUGCGAAAGGUAGAGAAGAUCGGCCUUUGUGUGACCUUGAGCCUGGGGAUGGUCGUUGCCAUAGUUUCGGCAGUAAGGAUUAGCUGGAAAGAUGAUGGAAAUGAGCGUGACCCUUACUAUAUAUGGCGGAAUGGAGUGUCUCAAGUCUGGUACUCAUCCGAGGUCACCGGAACCAUCAUGGUGCAAUGCAUCCCCAUCUUGCGGACAAUCAUAAAAGAGAUACACACUUCACUUGUAACGAAAAAGCUGGAGUCGACUUUGACAGGCGAUACGAGGAGCAUGUCUUUUGGGAGCAAACGGGCAUCGGCGGUCAGCAAACGUGAAACCACAAUUGGUAAGAGAAUAUCUGCUUCGACAUACAGCGACGGCUCCAAGAAAGGAGCCGAUAUAAUCGCCCUGAGGGAGAUCCCAGAGGAGCCAGACCAUUCCUGGCAGAGGUUGGGGUCAUUAUCUGCUGUGGACACCGAACGAGCAAUUCAGACUUUCCAUUUCUCCGACUCGUGGCCGCUGUCAAACGAACGUAGCCCAGCCUUACACAGCUCACACUCUGGAAAGAGUUUCGAUACGGACAACGAUAGGAGAUCGCACUCUUUUACCGCAACGAGCGAGGAGAAGGACUUGGAGGAUGGCUUGUCACCACCGCCGAAAAGGAAAACAAAUCAUUGGGCGGAACAGUCAUAA